UCUCCUUCCUUCUUUGCAAUCUCUUCCCUUCCGAUUCAGACUCCAAUUCCAAAUAGCCUAGAAGACACCGAGCCCGGCUCGCGCACGGGUUGCUCGCCUUCACUGUCCGCGGUCUCGAGCCUUACAUUGGGCGUGGUGCGGCGGUUCCGGCGGGAUGUUCUACUCCAAGAAGAUGCUGUCCAAGAAGGGCCCGCUGGGGACGGUGUGGGUGGCGGGCGUCUGCGGCGUGGCGGCGCUCACCAGGGACCAGGUCCUUCGCACCAACGUCGUCGCCUCCGUCGACAAGAUUUUGCCUGAUGUUGAAACCACAUACAGAAUUCUAGGGCUCCUUUUGCUUGGUGUUGUUAGGAUUUACUCCAAGAAGGUGGAAUACCUCUACAGUGAGUGCGAUCAACUCCUUGAAGCAAGUGCAGAAGGAAAGAAAAGAGUUCCCAAGCGAGCGAAGAAAGGUGCUUGUGCAAGAAGAUUAGUGAUAGAUGAAGAAGACCCUGUGAUAGCAAAAAAACCUGCUCGUUCCGGAAGAACUUCAAGGGCAGAAAAUGGAGUUAUGUCACAAACAUUAGUUCAAAUCCCAGAAGGGCAUGAACCACUUGAUCUUCCACCAAUCUUCACAAUACCAAAGAGAUUUGAGCUCGACUCUUUUGAUUUGCAGAUCCCUGAAAAUAGAGAGGAUGAAGAUGACGAUCAUCAUCAGUUGCCACGUGAAGAUACUUUGCUGGAAGAUGAACAACAUCGUACCUCCUGUAUGUAUGAGUCUUAUCAGAGGAUGCCACAUGCUGAUCUGGAUUCUGCUUGCUUUAUGCCAGCAUGCAUCCCUCUCCCAACUGAAGUGAUCGGUGUCAUUGAUGAAAUGUCCGAUCUUCUAUACUCGAGUAACAAAGGGGAUGAACCUGAAAGUGACAAUCAGAAUACUGAUCCUGCUUGCUUUACACCAGUGAAGGAUGUUCUUCCAACUGAGGUGAUGAACACGAUGGCUGAAGGAAGUGGCCUUCCAGAGAGCAGAAAGGUGAAGAAACCUAGAAGAGAAGUUAAUGGCAAAGAGAAUGAUGAUUCUGCUUGUUCUAUCCCGUUGCCAGAAAGUCAAGAAGUCCAAAGAUCUCUGAAUGUUGUGGAGAAUGCAGAGCGGGCAGAUCUUGAUGAAAAUCGUCAUGUACCUGAAGAACCAGAAGAUGGGUUAUUGCUCGCAAAAUCUAACACAGCAGCAUCUGUAGAAAUUCCUGACAUUGGGUCACAAGAUUCGCUAGAGCCUUCCACUCCAGAACCCAUGCGAGAGGGAGCCUCAGGGUUGCUAGAAAAAUUUAUGGUUGCAACACCAGCUAAGAAUGAGAAGCGCCAAGUUUUGAGAAAAAGAAGAAGGGGAUUAUACAGUAAGGAUUAUAUCUGUAACCCAAUAGAUAGGAAAGACAGGCGGCCGGUUAAGAGAAGAGGCGCACUGGUAUUGUUUGAUGAGACUAUUGUCCUACCUAAUGUUGUGGUGAAAGAAAUAAUAGCAGAUGCAAAGGAUCUUGUGUGCAAAAGAAGGAAGGCACCUCACACUUAUCUUGAUGCUUGGAAGGUGGCAAAAAUUGGUUCUCUGCAGGAUACUUUCAUGGAUCCGUUGAUUCAAUAUUCGACUUCUGUGCACCUUAGGCACUCUACUACAGAGGAUGCACCUGAAAUUCCAUGCACGGAAUCCAUUAAAGCAAAGAAGUGCCUUUCAUAUGAACCUGCUGAAAAGGAUGAGCUCCCAAAGACUCCUGUUGGGUGCUACACUGAAAGUGAGCAAAUUCAUGAUGGCUAUGAAUGUAAUGGUGAUACACCCUAUGGAAAUCAUGCACAAGUUGAUGGAGCCGAAUCAGCGCUGCCAGAAGAGCAUCGAUCAAAAAAUCAUGCUGCAUUGCGCAAUGAACCAUUGAUGGCUGAUAUAGGUAACAUAGUAGAUGAGGAUAUUCCUAUGGAUGAAACCAGAGAUGAAGAUUUCCCGCUUUCAACAAGAACUAGGGCUGUAGCAAGGUGCCUCCACCAGUUAUUCGAGGACCAGAAGUGCCAGCAGCAAGAGACUAUCCCAAUCACGCUCGGUCAAGCACUCGAAGGCAGCAAGAGGAAAACCACAGCAAGAUUCUUCUAUGAAACUCUGAUCCUCAAGAGCCGUGGGUUGAUAGAGGUGAAUCAAGAGAACCCUUACGAGAACAUCAUAAUCGCGGCAACUCCACAACUCGAAGCGGUGUUCCAGAGCCCGGAGUAGCGUGAACAGCACUGCCAGUUCAACUCAAGAUGUCGAUUCGUUUAGAGUAGUUUAGGAAAAGGUUUCAAGUUCUUUGCUUUCAGCUAUGCUAUAUCCUGUAGCAUCAUCAGGAAGGGAUGUACUGGUGGUAGGCCAGUUGUGUAUAUAUGUCUCGCAUGUGGCGGAUUGGCCACGUGCGGGGGUUAGGGUUUAAAAGCUUUAUGAUCUCGCUCGGGUUAAGUUAACUACAGGUGUAGACUGCAGUUUCUUGCUGGUUGCUGAAUGUUAC